GAACUAUUUGGGUCAGUUGCAACGAACUGAAAGGAGUAGACAAACUGGGGCUGACCGUGAUGAUCCCGUGGUUAGUACACAGCUCCGUGCUAACUCUGCAAGUUCGUUGCAAUUGACCCUAUAGUUCUGUGGUGUUGAGGGUCAAUGAAGCGUGUAACCUACCCUGUGGACUUGUUUUUUUUUUUUUUUUUGAAAACCGCGGUUGGAAUUUGCAUAAACACCCAUACUCUAACAAUGGUUGUGCCUGUUUCUGGAUUGUUUAGCUGCUUUUUCUUAUCUUGAGACCUGGCAACGCUGUUUAGGAGCUUCGUUUUGCAGCGAUACUCUUGAUGACACAGCCUGUUCCAGCUUUUACUAUUCUGUGUUGAAUACUACGCCCACACAACCAACUACGGUCAAUGUCAUUUGAUGUGGGAAGCUAAGCAGGGCAUUUGAACAAACACGCAAGGCGCAGUUCUGGCUGAAUUCCAAGUCCCAGUUGCUGAGUUUAGUGGACUUGGUUCCAAGGUGGAUGGUAGCUGAGGUAUUGCGCAACAAUGUUUCUAUAUCUUAUUGGCGUGGUUGCACUAGUAGCCCUGUACCGCUGGUACAGAGAGACGAAAAGGGUUCCAAACGUGUCUGACAAAUACGUAUUCAUCACUGGUUGUGAUUCCGGCUUUGGAAACUUGUUGGCUAAACGCCUAGACGAACUAGGCUACCAUGUGAUUGCUGCCUGCUUUACAGAGAAGGGCGAAGAUGAUCUGAAAAAAAGCUCAUCUAAAAAGCUCACAACAAUUCAUGUUGAUGUGGCAAAGUCUGAAAGCAUUCAGAAAGCUGCAGCGUUUAUAAAGUCAAAAGUUGGAGAAGCAGGUCUGUGGGGUCUUGUCAACAAUGCCGGGGUGUCUGUGCCUGCUGGUCCAUGUGACUGGCUCACAAUACAGGACUACAAAAAGAUGCUGGAUGUGAAUUUGAUGGGAGUAAUAGAGGUGACACUGAGUGUUAUCCCACUCAUUAAGAAAUCCCGAGGAAGAAUUGUAAAUGUUGCUAGUGUCUUUGGAAGAAUAAGCCCAGUUGGUGGAGCUUACUGUAUUUCUAAAUAUGCUGUUGAAGCCUUUAAUGAUAGUCUGAGGAGAAACCUGGGUGCUUUCGGGAUCAAGGUUCUGUGCAUUGAACCUGGAUUUUUCAAAACAACAGUUACUAGUGCUGAGAUUAUAGAAAAAAACAUUCACAAUCUCUGGGAUAAACUGCCACAGGAGGUCAGAGAUGAUUACGGAAGUGAUUAUGUGGAAAAGGUGUUGAAAUUAAUAAAGGCAACAAUGGCCAAACUGCCUGACCCAGACCUGAUGAAGGUAGUGAGCUGUAUGGAGCACGCUAUCUCAGCUGUCUAUCCACGAACACGAUACUCUCCUGGAUGGGACGCCAAACUCUUCUGGCUCCCUCUUUCUUACAUGCCGACGCUAAUUGCUGAUUACGUGCUUGCCAAGGAUAAUGUUAAACCUGCAAAAGCUGUUGUCUAAUAUCCAAGUCGUGAAUUGUAACCAGAUAUAUACUGUGUUACAACUAAAUGUGUUCUUAUGCAGUUCUGGGAAUGUGGGAUUUUAGGGACGAGUAAGGUAAGAUUGAGGAUGAGCACACACUGUCAUCCAAACCUGCCACUGUUUCAUACUAUAGCACUGGGAAGAUAGAAAUGAUAGGUGACAGUAUAUAAAUAAUAUUUUUAAAAUUAUUCUAUAUGCCAUCAAUACUCUUGUGUGAAAUAUAAUUUUUUAAAUAUAGGAAUACCAUUUGUAACUAGUUUGUAUUAUAUAAAAUUACUACUCAAAGAGUAAGUAACGGGGUUCCGAAAAUUAUAGUAUUACAUGUCCCCACAUUUUGCUACAACUGUUUAUAAUGUACUGUGGCAAAGUGUUGUGUUGUAUGUUACGUCCACAUGUGACAAAGACGACUGUAGUGGUGUCGUUAGACCAGAAGAAACAAAGUAUUAAGACAUGAAAUGAUAAAUGGAUGCGCUGCUGUGCGGUGUAUUAUCAUAAAAUAAAAUGGUACAAAAAACGGGACUUGGCAC